CCGGAAAACCUGUCCGGGUAGUCAAAUAGUUCUGUUCCUAGUGCAGUACCGGAUCCUUGCAUGUCUUUAGAGAGUUUGCGUAUUCUCUCCCGUUUUUCAUCGAAAGAAUAACAUUUUAGCAGCAGCUAAUGGCGGUGAACACAGGCACGUCUCUGGUGCUCUCCAGCCUCCUGUCAGUGUUGGUUUUUGCUGGAAUGCAGAUGUUCAGUAAACAGCUGGCAUCCACUGAAUGGUUCACCAUCCUUGGAGGUUUCUUGGGCUCCGUCCUGUUCAUCUGCUCACUCACUGCCUUUAAUAAUCUGGAGAAUCUGGUGUUUGGGAAGGGAUUCCAGGCCAAGAUUUUCCCAGAAAUUCUGUUUUGUCUGUGCCUGUCGAUGUUCGCUUCCGGCCUGGUGCACCGUGUCUGUGUCACCACUUGUUUGAUAUUCUCCCUUUUUGCUCUCUACUACAUCAACAAAAUAUCUGCUGCCCUCUACCAAGCAGUGGCUCCAGCAGUAACACCAGCCAAGCCUGUCAGCAAGGGAAAAAGGAAGAACUGAUGCCCUGUUUAGUACAACUAAUACCGUUUUCCAGUCACUAUGACCCGUUUACUGAUGUGUACUGGUAAUUCAACAAGUUUAACAUUUUUUUUUCCCCACACACCAUUUUCUUACCUGAAGUUUAUUCAGGUACCUUUUUCAGAAAUUAUAUUACCCAAAAACCUGUCUUUUUGAUAUGGUUGAGAUUAAUAUCUCUUAACAUUCCAAAUACCCGUCUUUUCUCCGCACUGGUGGCUUCAAAGAGAUUCAUGCCAUAUUUUCUGUAUAUGCACAUUAAGUUCUUUUCAUUUGUUUGUUUCUUGAAUUUUAUAAUUAAAAAUUUGUGAACAACUUGUGAA